AUGACCAGUGGCUGGCGACGCCUGCUCGAUCGCGCACCACCCGGUGGCACCCUAGCAGACUGCAAGAUCCCCAAUGACGACCGGCACAACGACACACAGACCCGCGAGAAUCUCGCCAGUGCCCGACACGCACGCACGUCAGACGCGCCCAACGCGCAUCUCGUACGCGGACAACACCUGACGCGCAGAGACUCUGCAAUAACUCAAUUGCUGCAAUACCUGGCGUCCAAGAACACAGCAACUCCCAACACGCAAUCCGAUAUUGUCCUGUGUGUCCAAAUUGGACCAUCUUUGUGGCUCAAAUUUGCUCGAGCCCUCGAUGUACUGUGCCGUCUUGAGGCUGUUAGAAUGGCGAGUGUUAAGGAUUGGGUUUUCUCUCAAGUUAUAUCAAAGUCAAUAGGAUCAACCAGACCUCUUUCUGCAUCAGAAAGCUUUUUGUCUCAGGAUUCUCAGAAUGAGGAUCUUGCAAGCCAAGGCUCUCAAACCAACACCAAUUUAACUUCACAUCCAGUUUCUACAGAAACACGGUUCUCACAAAGUGAUAAUCAAAUGACUCAGAAUCCAUUGUCAACCGCUGAAAUGGAAAGUCCUUCAGAGCCUAAUUUUGCCAUCCAGGAGAAAGAUUUGGACCCUCUUUCAAAAGUAAUGGCAUUACAAAUUAAAUUCUUACGUAUAAUUCAACGACUUGACCUGUGGCAAGAUAAUCUUACAGUUGCAAAGGUUUUAUACCGGAUUCACCUGGCAUCCUUGAUACGAACCAGCGAAUCAGAUCUAAAAAAAGCUAAUCUCAAAAGUGAUAGAGCUCGAGUGGUAGCUGCAAAGCAAGAAGAAACCGGUGUACCGGAACUGGAUUUCUCUAUCAAGAUACUCAUUCUGGGUAAAACUGGUGUCGGCAAGAGUUCCACAAUAAAUUCCAUUCUUGGUGAAUCUAAGGUAACAACCGACGCAUUCCACCCUUCCACGACUCGAAUUCAAGAAAUUUCGGGAAACUUGAACGGCAUUAAAAUAUCAUUUAUCGACACCCCAGGUCUAUUACCUCCCUCCUCAAUUUCCAACCGUAGAAAUAGAGAAAUCCUUCACUCCGUGAAGCGCUUCAUACGAAAAUCACGUCCAGACGUUAUUUUGUAUUUCGAACGGCUUGAUUUGAUCGACAUUAGCUACCCUGAUUUUCCAUUGCUCAAGCUUAUCACCGAAAUCCUUGGGCCUGCAGUUUGGUUCAGCACCAACAUUGUCAUGACUCAUUCCUCGGCCGAACUUCCGGAAGGUCAGAGUGGAUUUCCGGUGAGCUAUGAUUCAUAUGUGAACUUCUGCAGACAGGUUGUCCAGCAUCACAUUCACCAGGCAAUCAUGGACAGGAAAUUAGAAAAUCCAGUGAUCUUGGUGGAAAACCACCCCCAGUGCAGAGUGGACCUUUUAGGGAAGAAAAUUCUUCCCAAUGGACAAGUGUGGAUGUCCCAGUUCAUGUUGUUGUGCGUGUGCACUAAAAUUCUAGGCGAUGUGAAUGCCUUACUGAAAUUAGACGACAGUAUACGUUUGGGGCCUAUGGGCAACUCCCGCGCGCCUUCUUUGCCUCACUUGCUCUCGUCUUUCCUCAAACAUCGCGUGAAAACGAGCCCAGAUGGAGAGGAGAGCGAAAUAUUCGAAACAUUCCAUAAUCUCGACUCUGAUGAAGAAGAUGAAUACGACCAGUUACCUCCCAUUCGCAUCCUGACCAAAGCCCAGUUCCAAAAGCUGACCCCUCUCCAGAAAAAGGAAUAUCUCGACGAGCUCGAUUACAGGGAGACCCUUUUUCUGAAGAAGCAGAUGAGGCAAGAGUACAUACGAAGAACAGAAAAAAUAAAUGAAAAUAAUAAUAAUCAAGAUGACCUUCCGGAAGCAAUUCUGCUCCCGGACAUGAUUGUCCCACUGAGUUUCGACUCGGAUAAUCCUGUGCAUCGAUUUCGGUGCCUUGUUAACAAUAACAGUUGGAUUGCAAGGCCUGUCCUCGAUUUAAAUGGGUGGGACUACGAUGUGGGGUUUGAUGGAAUCAAUCUCGAGGUAAAUGCAGAAAUAAAGAAGAACCUUGUGGCUUGCCUCGCGGGACAAAUGAGCAAAGACAAGCAAGAUUUCAACAUUCAGUCUGAAUCUACCUUGGGAUUUUUUGGCCGUGGUGGGUCCACGUACACCUUGGGCUUCGAUGUCCAGUCAGCAGGCAGGGAGUUGAUAUGCACGGCUCGAACAAAUGCUAAGAUGAGGAAUUUCGGGUGCAAUUUAACCGAGUGCGGGAUUUCUUUGACGUCUUUUGGGGAUCAGUGGUAUUAUGGGACUAAGGUCGUGAAUACCUUAUUGGCAGGAAAGAGGAUGGAUUUUAGAGUGAAUGCUGGUGGGAUGAGAGGCGGAGGGAAGGCAGUGUUUGGCGGGAGUUUGGAGACGACUUUGAAAGGGAAGGAUUAUCCGGUGAGGAAUGAUAAGGUGAGUUUGGCUGUGACUGUCCUUGAUUUUGAGAAGGAGAUGGUUUUGGGUGGGAGUGUGCAGUCCGAAUUUAGGGUGGGGCGUGGUACGUCGAUGUCGGUUAGCGCCAAUGUGAAUAGCCAGAAAAUGGGUCAGUUGUGCGUGAAGGUUAGUAGCUCGGAGCAUAUGGAGAUAGCUUUAGUUGUACUUGUGUCGGUGUUGAGAAGCCUGUUCAGGAAGAAGUCAUAUAGUUAUGACAGGAAAGCUUCAUCGUGAUCUUGCAGAAGCUUUUUUUUUUCCUGAAGAAACAAGGAUUAGACGGGGAUUUUUUUUACGAUUUUGUGCUGUGUUUAUGCCUUGUAGGAUCAAUUUUAUGUAAGAAUAAAGAAGUAAUACCUUGAAAUACAAGAAAAGUCUUUUGGGUGGUUACAUAUUCGUCGUUUUAUUUCACUUGUAUUUGGGACUUUAUGGGAAGGCUAAAGUGGUUGCAUCGGGUGCACAAGAUUGAAAUGUGAGAUUGUGAUGCUAUGGUGAAUUAUGCAGGUAAUGGUAUGGCUGUUAAAAUCAGCAGUAGAAGCAUAUGAUGAUGGCAGGUUUGCUGUGUGAGAUGAGAUUGUAUUUAUAUGAUGUGGGAUACGUGAGCGUCACUUAUUUGAUAAAUAAUCCCCUACUAAGGAAGGACGUCAUGUUAAAAAAAAUAAAAUUAACAUGUUAUUUCUCUUAGGCCUCUUUUACUUAAUUGGAUGAG